CACUUGUCCCCUCCUUCGCUGCUUCAAUCUCGGGCUGCUUUGCUCGCAGUGUCGGAGAGAAAGGCUUGGCGUUUAAAAGGCGGUAUUGUUUAUUGUUUACUUUUAUGCGGAUUUGCAGCUAACAGAUAUACACUUCCAUGUUGUGUUGAGGGGAUGUUGACGCCCUUUUAACUCCGGAUACAUUUCCACGCUGAGAGGUGUGUGUGCCUCGUACUCCUCUUCCCGUGAAUGCCUCUCACCAUGGCUAAGAGGGAGACGGGCAGCACCAGCCCUGUGGUGCGACAGAUAGACAAGCAGUUCCUGGUCUGCAGCAUUUGUCUGGAGCACUACCACAACCCGAAAGUUCUGCCCUGCCUGCACACCUUCUGCGAGAGAUGUCUCCAGAACUACAUCCCACCACAGUCCCUCACGCUGUCAUGCCCAGUGUGCAGGCAGACCUCCAUCCUGCCUGAGAAAGGUGUAGCAGCUCUGCAGAAUAACUUCUUCAUCACUAACCUGAUGGAGGUGCUACAGAGAGAGGCAGAGUGCUCGCAGCCCGAGGAGCGCAGCGUUCUAGAGUCAGCCAGCGCCGCCAACACGGCCCAGCCGCUGUCCUGUCCCAACCACGAAGGCAAGGUGAUGGAGUUUUACUGCGAGUCAUGUGAGACGGCGAUGUGUCUUGAGUGCACGGAGGGAGAACACCGCGAGCAUGUGACCGUUCCUCUGCAUGACGUUCUCGAGCAGCACAAAGCAGCGCUCAAGAACCAGCUGGAUGCCAUUCGCAACAGACUUCCUCAGCUGGCUGCAGCCAUCGACGUAGUGAACGAAAUCUCCAGGCAGCUCUCUGAGAGGAAGAGUGAGGCAAUAACUGAGAUCAGCAGCACGUUCGAGGAGCUGGAGAGAGCACUGAACCAACGCAAGAACACCCUCAUCACUGACCUGGAGAACAUCUGUAGCACCAAGCAGAAGGUGCUCCAGGCCCAGCUGGCUGCUCUCCUGCAGGGGAAGGAGAAUAUCGAGAGCAGCUGCAGCUUCACAGAACAGGCUCUGAGCCACGGAAGCGCCACCGAGGUGCUGCUGGUGCAGAAGCAGAUGGGAGAGAGAGUGGCAGCGCUGGCGCGCCACGCUUUCCCCGAGCAACCACACGAGAACGGGCACCUGGAGUGCCAAGUGGAGACCGAGGGUCUUCGUCGCUCCAUCCAGAACCUGGGGGUUCUGAUCACCACUAGUGCUGUGGGUCACACCAGCGUGGCUACAGGAGAGGGACUGCGGCACGCCGUGGUGGGACAACACACCACUGUUACUGUUACCACCAAGGAUAAGGCUGGGGAGUUGGUGAAGACAGGCAGCGCAGCUCUCGCUGCUCAGAUCUCCGGACCCGACGGCUCUGUCACUGGCGCCGAGGUGACGGACAACAAGAACGGCACAUACGAGGUGGGCUACACGCUGUCCAGCGAGGGCGAGUUCUCCUUCUCCCUGCUGCUGUACAGCCAGGCUGUGAGGGGAAGCCCGUUCCGCCUGCGCGCCGUCAAAGCCAGCGACGCUCCGCACUCCCCCGAAGACGUCAAGAGACGUGUGAAAUCUCCAGCAGGAGGAGGAGGAGGGGCUCACGUCCGCCAGAAAGCACUGCGUCGUCCCGCCAGCAUGUACAGCACCACCAAGAAGAAGGAGAACCCCAUCGAGGACGAGCUCAUCUACAGAGUGGGGUCGAGAGGGCGUGAGCGGGGUGAGUUCUCCAACCUCCAGGGCAUCUCCACAUCCACCAAUGGGCGUAUAGUGGUGGCUGACAGCAACAACCAGUGCAUACAGGUGUUCUCUAAUGAUGGUCAGUUCAAGCUGCGCUUCGGGGUGAGAGGUCGUUCGCCAGGGCAGCUGCAGCGUCCCACUGGUGUGACAGUGGACAUGAAUGGGGACAUCAUCGUGGCCGACUAUGACAACAGAUGGAUCACAAUAUUCUCUUCUGAUGGAAAGUUUAAAAGUAAAAUUGGAGCAGGAAAGCUGAUGGGACCUAAAGGAGUAGCCGUGGACAAAAACGGUCAUAUCAUAGCUGCAGACAACAAAGCCUGCUGCGUCUUCAUCUUUCAGUCCAACGGCAAACUGGUGACCAAAUUUGGAGCCAAAGGGACGUUAGACAGGCAGUUUUCAGAUAAAAUUACUCCAACCACCCCAACAGAGCCAAAGCUCAGUAAAUCAGGCCCUGCCUUCAGUCCCCAUUUUGUGGCCGUGAACAACAAGAAUGAAAUAAUAGUGACAGACUUCCAUAAUCACUCUGUUAAGGUUUAUAACGCAGAUGGCGAGUUCCUGUUUAAGUUCGGUUCUCAUGGAGAAGGUAACGGCCAGUUUAACGCUCCCACAGGAGUGGCCGUGGAUGGGAAUGGAAACAUCAUUGUUGCAGAUUGGGGUAACAGCAGGAUACAGGUGUUUGACAGCUCGGGCUCGUUCCUGUCGUACAUCAACACUUCAGCAGACCCGCUGUACGGCCCUCAGGGUCUGGCUCUCACCUCCGAAGGGCACGUGGCCGUGGCAGACUCGGGGAACCACUGCUUUAAAGUCUACCGCUAUUUGCAGUAGGAAUCCCAUCAAGGAUCAUCCAGCAAAAGUAUUGUACAUGUGUAAUGUUUUUUUUUUUUGGUUUUUUUUUUCUUUGCACACCACAAAGGCCCCUUCCCCUGAAACGACCUUGACUCGAGUCAAAUUGAAGUUCAGCAGGGUCUGAUGUUUAUCCCUCAUAGCUAUUGCACUGAUUUGAAUUGAUUGUGAAUUAUUAAUUAAAUCCAAAAACUAGACAGCGUCACCAACAUAUGAGAGUAAUAACAAUCACAGCACUCUGAGCAGUGUUUGUGAAGGCAGCUACUCUUCAGCUUUUACACUUUAUCAACAUGUUGGUUUACGAUGAUCAAACCACGUAAUUAUGACGUUUUCAGUGGCAUGAAAUUCCUUAAUUAUCAACAAGCUGUCUGAAAAACGUACUGUGAAAACAAGCCAUUUUCUAUCAGACUAACUGUCUGUGCAUUGACUCGUUGUGUACGUUAAUGCACUUGAAUCAUAUCGCGUGCAUUCAUUGCUUCUGCAAAGCCACAGUGCUUCAGUAGGAUAAAGCUUCAAAUGCCAGUGUUUCAGCUCUUAAUGUACAGGUAGAGGACACGCAGCUUAUAGUUCUAACGUUCAUCUGCCUUAAAGAUCUCUGCGUAUAUCUGACAGGGGUGUCGGCCAUAUCACCCAGCACAACAGCACAACUCUAGACGUAGUGAAGGAAAUUUUAAUUUAUUUUAUUUUGUAUACAGUGUUAUGAUUUACAGGUUAUUUUUUAUCAUUUCUGUAAUUUUUUUUUUCUGUAAAUGCCUUGACAUACAGUAGAUGCUACUGCAUGAACUGCUUCAGUGUAGGAAGCAAACAUAUUGCCAAACAUGAAUGGUGCACAUCCUCGAGACAAAAAAAAAGAGAAAGAAAGUCAGUUUGUGCCAAGAGAACAAGACUAUUAGAGGUGUUCAUACUUUUGCUUCUAAAGUUUAGUAGCAAAUCGUAAAAUCCCGGAAUCCACCAUUCCCACAUUGUAAGCUCUGCAUAAUUUUUAAACAUUUAAUCCUUGCAAUUUUAGUACCAGUUGAAAAGGAAAAGCCAUGGAAGAUGCAUUUCCUUGUCUGGAGCCAGGGGGCUUAUGGGUUGAUUUUGUGCCAAAAGUAACAAAAUUACAAAAUCGACACUCAAAAUACCAUCACCACAAUCAAAACAUACAUUUUACAAAUUCAACUGAUAAUAAAUAAAUAUAUAAAAUCUCUUUAAUAAAGAAAUAAAUACUUACAUGUAUACAUAUGCAAUAUCAUACUUAAAUAAAUACCCCUUUUUCCUUUUUUUUUUUCAGAAUCAGACUCAUGCUUUUUUUGGCGAUCUAGUGUAUACAAGGACUUUGACUCGCUUGUUAAGCUCAUGUUGUGAUUGUAGACAUUACGUAAGGAUUAAUAGACAACAGAGCAUUCUGUUACAGGAAUAAUAAUCAGCAAUGGGAACUGAUGCUACCCUGAAGUUGAUUAUUUUCCUGUAACAACAUGCUCCAUCCUACUUUAAUCUUUGAUUUUAUACCACAGCAGUUUGCCAAUGAUUACGAUUUUCUGUUAAUUAAAGUGUGUGAAAAUGAAUGAUACAUCAUACGUUUGAUCUCUUUACAGUUACAUAUAAUGUUGUUGAGCAUCUGUGAAACAAGUCAGUUCCUGUUAUCACUUAACAUCAGAGGUAUUCAAACUGUGGGGCACGGAAUGACUUGCGGGGGGAGGCAGGUGUGUGUGUGUGUGUGAGAGACCGUUUACAGACCUGCCAACAUUUACACAUUUUGCGUAUGGGCUUCACAUUUUAACAACAGAACACAGAAAUAUGCCAAAAGAGCAGUUGUUUUUUUUCCCCUAGUGAAAACGACAGAUGAGCCAAGCGACAUGUGAAUCUGGAAUGACUGACAGUUGCGCAGGUGUUUUGAGCUCUUUGCGUGAAAGAUGUAUCACUCUCGCUUUCUGUCACAGUAAAUAGGGAUUUUUUUUAGUUCAAAUCUAUCAAUGUGUGUCUGUCUUAAGUAUCAUUAAAUAAAUAUAUAACAUCAGCUUACUGUAUUUGUUAGGGAUGCCACUGAAAUAUUAAAGAAAAUAGAUUAAUCUAUCAAAAAUAGAUAAAAAAAAAAAAAAUCACUUUUGGCUUUUGGCCGAAAAAGAAAAGAGUCUGAAAAUUUUGACCAAGGUUAAAAAAAAAAAAAAAAAAAAACAAUUACAAAAAUAGACCUACAACAAAGUGUAAAAUUUAACACUUCACAAAUAGGCCUGAUUUUGAUUGUGAUUAUAAUCGGACAGUGAUUUAAAAUGCUGUUUGUUUGCUUUGCUCUCCUGCAGCGAAGCCAUUCACGGUGUCAGGAGGGACGUUAAACAGCAAUGUGAUUUGUACACGGAUUAUAUCAGAAAUGUACUGCUACGUUUCUUACUGUUCAAAGCAUUUACACUCCCUUCUUCUGUAUUAUGAGACUGUAAUUUUCAUUUAUUUAGUUUUAUUGCCCAGUGAAUAAUAGGCAAUAAUUUGACAAGGGGUUUUAUUGGCCUUAAAAUACCUGGGAAGCGGAGCUCAUGAGGAAAAGGUUUGAAGAUGUCUGACGCAAGUUCUAAGCAGCUAUAAACAAUCAUUCCCUCACCAGCCUCUCCUUUUUAUCUUUCUCUUGAACAGCUGAGAAAGUGCAAAGUCCUCUAUUCUGAAGACUCUCCUGUGGUGUAAAAUUUACUGAUUGUUACAAAAGUGCUGACACUGGAGACUUCUUCCAUAAAUUACCAUUACAUAAAUGUCUCCUCACAGAAAACUUGCCAACAGUGACAAUUUUUUAAAUAACAGCUUUUUUUUUUUUUCAAUCCAUUUAUUAUAAGACUUUUUGAGAUCAUGUAGAUCGUCCUCUAUCCAAAUCCCUCUGAAGUAGCUGUUACUAAAGAAGUGAUAACGUAUAAUAUAAACCUGUGAUUUGCCUUUUAAGACUCACACGUGAAACAUAUGCCGAGUAUAAAGCCGAAAUAAAAUUCCAAAAGAAUCUUUAGUAAGAACAUGGAGUGAGUAGUAGUAUUAAUUACAUAAUAAUUAUUUGUAUUGUGAUAUUAAAUAUGUUGCUUGCAAGUGUAGUUUUGUUUAAAACUUUUGGCACAUAAUUAACUCAAUACAUGAACAAGGCGAUGAGUUUUUGGAUUUCUUUAUUUGUGAUACUUUAUAUUGCAGUAAAAUCUCAGAUUUCUCAGAUAUAUUCUACCCUCAGUGCUACUGAUUAAUGCCAAAAGACAAGACAUAUGACAUUUAUGCAUUAGUCAAAGCAGGAUGGGUAAAUUUAAAAUCAUAAGUGAGCCAAACAUCAUUAUGUUAAAAGCACAAUGAUUGUUAGGUUAUAAAGACACAUGACUGAAAGAACUAACAUUUCAUUCCUGUUCAUUCCAGAAGCUGUAGUCUCAUGAUUACCUUUUUAAGAGAAGCAAGGGUCUUGCUUAUCUGCAACACGGUCGUUCAUUAGAAGAGCAUUUAAGAUUAAACUUCUGCUGCAAUUCUAACCGUGCUGUUCCACAAACCCUAUUUUUUCUUGGUCAUAUGCACUGAAAAUAAAAGCACACAAUUUACUGA